AUGUAAGAAUCAGUAUCGGCUUAUCUGAAAACUGAGCCAGAUUCACUUAGAUAUUAUCCUCCAAGCAAAUUCAAGCAAAAUAUGAUUUAAAACAAUCAAAGAAUUCUUAAUGGUAAGAAAGUCACUUACUUGAAUAUUAAAAAAUAACCUUAAUCAAAUCAAAAAGAUGCUUGGAAGUAAAUGUUUGGGAAUUUCUUACAUGAUAUUAAUUUGAAACAAAAAAAGAAACAUUUCUCACCUGAGGCCAAAGAAGUAAAUUUAUAUUUAAUAUGAUGAAUAGCAUCUCUAAGAUCCAUUAGUUAAUGAAAUUCCUAUUCUACUUCCUUGUACUAAUAAGUAAUUCAAGUUAGAGUUCUAUAAAUAUCUUGAAGGAGAAUAAUCAAUUCAAUAAUUAAUGAAAGCCAUUAAUUUUCCUCAUGUUCAUGCUGUAUGUCAAUCUAAUAUAUUCUAAACUAGAAACAAAUUGAAGAUUCAAAAAGUCUUUAAAGAAAAUUGUCAAUUGUACAAAAGAUCAAAAAAUUUAAGAAUCAUGGAUCUACUAAAGCGAGUGAUUAAACUCCUUUAUUAGAUAUUAAUAGUUCAACAAGAUAAUUAAAGGCACAUUAAGUACGUCUAGUUGAUUAAAGGAGAUUUACUGAAGCUGGAAAAUUAUUGGACAUUUUUAAAACUAAAAUAAAUAAAAAGAUUUAGGUUUUGAGAGACUUCGUUUAAUAAAGAGUACUUGUAAAAUGUAAUAUUAUAGAUUGAUUUGAGAAAGUCAUUAAAUAAAGAAUAAAGAGAAGAAGAAAUAAGAAAUAUUCAUUUUAUCAAGACUUUUUUUGAUAUAACUAAUGAUUAUAAUUAACAUAUACAAUAAUAAUAAGAUGAACUUAAAGAUGAUGCAUAAUAUUAUAAAAAAUUAGUACCAUGUCAACGAAAAUUAAAAUAAUUAUUAGUAAAUUAUGAUAAUGUGUAACCUAUUAUUAAACAUUAGGAAAAACAUUUUGAUAAAUUUGAUUAUCCCUCAUUGGGUAUGUUAAAAAAUUAAAUGAAUUAAUAUUCUAAAGAUUAUUUAUUGGAAUUAGAAUAAUAAAAAUAAAUUUAAUUUAAAUCAGCUCUAAAUUAAGUAAGAAAAUUAUUGGAAUAACAAAAUAUUAAAUUUUAAUCUGAGUUAAGAAAAUCUAAAAUUAAAAGUAAUUAAAAUUCUAAAUCAUAAUCACCACUCUUAAUAAAAUAAUAAUAAGAUCAUCUAUUCUAAAGUAAUUCAAAAAUGUCCGCUGAUUGUGCAUUAGAUGUUGUUGUAGCUAGUCCAAAACAUCAUCGUAAUUAAUAUCAAUCAGUAUGUUAAUUAAAGGAUUCCAUCUCUGAUCCUAGAAAAAGAAAAUAAUAUGUUAUUACAAAGAAACCUUUUUAUCUCUUUACGAAUUAAGUAGAAGGAAAUAAAAAUGCAAAAAAUUCCAAAGGUUUAAUCACAAACUUUGAUGUUAAGUUAUAUGAUUAUAUUCACAAUAGAAAUAUCUAUACGUUGAAUAAGCAGUAUAAUUUUAAUUUUAUUAUAGGGUUAAAGAGAUGACUUAGAAAUUUCAUACUAUGAUUGAAAGUGAACAUGAAUAACACUUAAAUGAAUAAUUAGAUACACAUUUAAAUCAAUUGAAAAAUAGAAAAUUGAAAUAUCGUUAACAUGGAUCUUUAGAAGCAUAAAAACGAGUAUAAACGGAAAGAUAAGCAGAUGAGAUUUCAGAUGAUUAAUCACUUUAAUCUAUAUAUGAAGUGAAUCUUGAUGUUUUAUAUGAUCAAUCAAAUCAAUUAACAAAAAAAUUAAGAGAAAAAAAUGAUGCUGGAUUUGCUAAAAGAAUAAAACAACUUAUUAGAUUAGAAGAAGUUAAUUCGUAAGAAUAAAAUUUAUAUUUAGGUAAUGCCUUAAGACAAAUUUAUAGAAGUUAAAUAAAUCCUAGAAUUCUCUAAAUAGUUGA